AUGGAUGCCAAAGGGCCACUCACUACGCCAUUGUCCGCUACUCCCCGCUCCACAGCCUUGAAGAAGGGGACACCAAGCGCUCUGACCCAGCAAUUUCACAAACCGGAGCUCAACAAUGGGCAGAUGGGAACUACCUGGUUCAGUAACCAACCUGCCAUACAAAGCUUCACGUUUUCAGCCACCAGCCACAUUAAGCAUGACCCUCUUGUUGAGAGUGCCAUUGAUGAUGACGACGAAGGGUGGGAGGACGAGUCCCCCGAGGACAGUGGCAGCUCAACAACUGGCGAAGGGAUCUCCUUCGAGCGCGUCGACCCUAUCGCCGGCCUCCCGUCCCACCGAUAA